CAAUGCAGCGGAGCGGUGAAGGCGGGUUAUCCGUGCAUGGCAGGGGCAAACGGACAUUAUUGAAUUAGGUAGCUAAUAAACAACGAGGAACUAGUGAGCCAGUCAGUCCGGGACAGUACCAUUGUUGUCAAAGCUUUAUCCCGACCGUCUCGUCAACCAGACAUGGCACCUUUCGGUCUGAUGUUUUCUGGGGUUUGCCUUUUGAAAAAGUCAUUCAGUCUCUUCUCCCACGCAUCCAGUCUUCCAAGGCGUCCUGUUUGGACGGGGGCUGGUGCCUGCUGGACUGUAAAUUCAUCAAGGUUCGUCAAUGUGAUCCCAGCUGUAAAGAGUUUGACCACCAUUGCAGGCGCUCCCCCUAAGAAGCCCCUGAACGGAUACAUGAGAUUUGUGAAACAGCAACAACCUCUCGUUGUCAGGGAGUAUCCAGAUGUCAAAGCUGUCGAUGUGAUAAGGAAGAUUGCUCAGCAGUGGAGAACUCUGACAGCAGACCAGAAACAGCCUUUUCAACAGGCGUCGGUGGUUGCCAGGGAACAGUUUAAGGUGGACAUGCAGAGGUACCAGUCCCAGCUCACACCUGCACAGGCUGCUGCUCUGAAACAGGAGAGGAGACUGAGGCUGGCCAAGAGGAAAGCCAUCAGGAGGAAGAGGGAGUUGAACAGUCUUGGCAAACCCAAACGUCCCCGGUCGUCCUUUAACAUCUUCAUGGCAGAACACUUUGAGGAGUCCACGGGGACGACCACACAGGGCAAGAUGAAGAUGCUGCGGGAGGACUGGACCAAACUGUCAACCUCACAGAAACAAGUCUACAUGCAGCUGGCGGAGGAUGAUAAAGUGCGCUAUAAGAAUGAGAUGAAGUCCUGGGAGGAACACAUGAUGGAUAUUGGACGGGAGGACCUGAUCAGACGGAAAGAGACCCACAAGAACAAAACCGCCACUAAAGGAGGCAAACAGAAAUCCAAAGUGAAAGUGGUGAAAAGUAAAUCUGCAGGAGCUACGACAGUGAGGAGUGGGGAAAAGGCCUGAGUUGUUCUAGAGAGGAAGGGUGAUGGAAGGACCCUGUUCAAAGAUGGAGUGGGACUGAAUGAUCUGAGGGGGGCGCUCUCUUCUCUCCCUGUGCCUCUCCUCCCUCACUCUUCUGUCCUUCUUUGGUGCAACAUGGGCCUCUUCCUUUAACCUGGGGAAAGGAGUUCAAUGGAGUUCAAUGUUAACAUGUAUUCUUCUAAACUGGAUCCUUGGUAGUCUAAUGUUAACAUGUAUUCUUCUAAACUGGAUCCUUGGUAGUCUAAUGUUAACAUGUAUUCUUCUAAACUGGAUCCUUGGUAGUCUAAUGUUAACAUGAAUUCUUCUAAACUGGAUCCUUGGUAGUCUAAUGUUAACAUGUAUUCUUCUAAACUGGAUCCUUGGUAGUCUAAUGUUAACAUGUAUUCUUCUAAACUGGAUCCUUGGUAGUCUAAUGUUAACAUGUAUUCUUCUAAACUGGAUCCUUGGUAGUCUAAUGGAAUGUGUCUUUAAGCAAUACAGUCGACACUCACUCAUCUUUACUCUUCCUCAGAGAAUGGACAUUGGGUACGAAGGUUUUCUGUAAUAAAAAUAUAAAUGUAUUAAUUUCUA